AUGAAAGACCCGAAAUGUGUUGAACUUGAUUUGGCAGUGUACAAGUGGUAUACCCAGGAGCGUGCAUGUGGGGUGGAAGUGCGGGGAAUGGAGUUGGCCGCUAGUGCUGCUAAGCUCACUGCCCACAUAGGUAUCGAGUUCAAGGCCAAUGAUGGGUGGCUCUGGCGCUUCCACAGGCGCCAUGGCAUCCGUAAUCUGGCUGUGACAGGAGAGGCUGAAAGUGCCGAUGCUGAAAUGAUUGAACCUCUCCGUGAUGAGUUGAUGAAAAUUAUUAAUGAUGAAGAUUUAUCCAUGUCACAAAUAUAUAAUGUUGAUGAAACUGGUAUGAUGUGGCAGGCCUUACCAAGAAACACUCAGGCUGGGAUGCAUGAAAAGAAAGUGAAAGGAAAGAAAGUGAGUAAGGAACGCCUAUCAGUGCUUUGCGGACGAAAUGCGUCUGGUACUCAUAGGCUUAAGUUGACAGUCGUGGGGAAGGCAGCUAAACCCCGGGCUCUCAAGGAUAUUAUGGACAAGUUACCUGUCCCUUAUUAUAACUCCUCUAAGGCAUGGUUCAACUCUCAUAUCUUUACUGAUUAUUUUCAACAUCACUUAGUUCCGGAAUUGAAAAAUUAUCAAGAGAAAGUGCUCAAAAUAAGACCGGAUGACGUGAAGGCUUUAAUUUUGCUUGACAAUGCUCCCGCCCACCCUUCCUCAGAUGUAUUAAAAAGUGCUGACAGGAAGAUAAAAGUUAUGUUUCUUCCCAAGAACACUACCUCCUUGAUCCAGCCUAUGGAUCAAGGAGUUAUAAGUGCGUUCAAGAGGAUUUACCUACAUAAAUAA